GUAAGUGUUUUGUCUUUACAGGUAGUGAAAUAAUAAUAAUACAGAAUAAUAGUAAAUAACAAACAAACAGGUAAAGUAGUCUUAUCUAGGUGAGCUGGCUUUAUAUGCACAGAUUAAAAACGAGUUAUCAACAGGUAAGUAAAUAAUAAUAAUACAGAAUAUUAUCUCUGCUGCGCCAGAGAGCUGUGGCCAUGAGCAGCACCUUCAUCAAUGCACGUGAAGUGUGUGACCGCUUCAGGCUCCCUCCCGGACAAUAUGCCAUCAUCCCCUCUACCUUCUUGCCUCACAAGAAUGGCAGUUUCCUCCUCAGAGUCUUCUCAGAGAAAAAGGCUGACGCCGGUAAACUGGAGGAGAACAUUGAUGCUGAAAUAGAGGAGGAAGAGAUAUCUGAAAGUGAUGUGGAUCCUCAUUUCAAGGAAAUCUUCAAGCAGAUUUCUGGCAGCGUUCUGACAUCAAGACGAAUGGAUUCAGCCUCGAAACAGGUCGCCAAAUAGUCAGCCUGCUUGAUGUAUCCUUUUUUAAUUCCCUUUUUCCACAAGUUUGCACCAUUUUCAGAGGUUUUAAUGUAUUGUGUGGGACUUGCUUUAAGUUGAAAUGAAACAACUCCCCUUUCAGCCAUGUCUUCACAGCUCGGUUCAUAGCAGCUACAUGAUGUAGCUCUUUUGAACUUGUUAGUACAGCUUUGUGCAACUACACCGACAUAAAUUUAGCCAAAAAUCACGUAAUUAUUCUUAUAACAUACGAGAAAGCACACAGUUCUGCAUAACUGUUGGACCCAAUAUUCUCUAAUAUUUUCACUGACAGUUGAAGCUGAGGGUGGAGACAAAAACGGAUAAAGUGGAUAACUCUACUCCAGCAUGGGUCUGUGAUGUCACUGUGUCCGGUAAAACCUGAACAACUCACUAAAUGACAUAUUUGUUUUAGAUGUAGCUGGCCCCAAACGAGGUGACAGGGUUGUGUUAUGUCAGAGUUUAUGAAUUAGGAGUCAUUUCAGACGCAUAAACACAUGCUCUCAACACAGAAAAUGUAAUUCCUCUUAAAGGCUGAAUUACAGUUCUGCGUCACACACACGCAGAGCACACGGCGCAGUCGUGACGCCGUCACGAACCGUUCAGAGUUCUCCGUCUCUCCAUUUGGUCGCGGUGCAGUACCCCCCGCGGCCACUAGUUAGCGAUCUUUUUCUGAAUGGUUUAUCCGACUUUUUCCGGUCACAGUAAAUCAAAGAAAUAAGGACAACUAUUGUGCAAAAAACAAAAACAAAAAAAAUCACACAUAAACGAAGAAAAAAGCCCUGGAAGUUCACUACUGCUUCAAAACGGAAACCGGAAAUGCUUUGCUUUCAAACGAACCAAUCACAGCCCUCUCGGUCUGCGUGUGGUCGGCGUCUCCUCGACGCGUAGUUACAAUUUUCGGGAGGUGCACGUCACUGACGGCGCAUGUGACGGCGUGUCCUCUGCGUGUACAAAAACCACACGCCGUAGACACGGCGUCGUUUUGACGCAGAAGCAUAAUUCAGCCUUAAAGAUGAGGAGCACAAAAAUGCUUUAAAUACACAUUCUGUGAUUUUGCUAACAUCCUCAUUUGUUCUGUUAGAUUUUCUUUUGUUCUUUUAUAAAACUUAAUAUUAUCCAGAAAGACAAGAGCGACAAGUUGAAC